AGCAGUCUGAUGACUUAACUUCUAUGUGAAGCUGUCAAGAGCUGUGUAGAGGGCAAAUACACUGUGGAUUGGUCACAACUGUUACUAAUAACUCAACCCCUUUACUUUUUCAGCUCUAGACAGAUGACCAAAACAGACCAUAGAAUGUACCUUUAAAAAAAAAGUUUAACCAAUGAGUAUUCUUAAUAGUGUAUCUUGUCACAGGGUUGUGUUCAGGUGCGUGACAACUGACAACAUUGAGAAGACCCAGGAGCGGGAGAAGGGCAGCCUGAUGAAAGAAGGCGACAGUGUUCUGUGGUCACACCUGAGAUGAUGGUCCUGAAGAGGAACGAGAGGAGAUACUGGGCAUAUAAAUACAGGCACUGGUCAUCACAGUGGAGGACAAUCAUGAAAAGGUUGAGGACUUCACUGUGCCCAUCCCUGAAGUCCCUCCACUCGGUGCAGCAGCUCUUUCCACCAUACUGCCAUGCUCUGGGUUGUCCCUGCCACCAUCCACCUUUUGGGUCAUCCGUGCCGCCAGCCAUCACCGUGCCUGCAGCGCCUGGGUCAUCCGUGCCACUCCCCACCAUGCUGCCAGCCAUCACUGUGCCUGCAGCACCUGGGUCAUCCCUGCCACCAUCCACCGUGCCUUCAACGUCCACAGCACCUCCGGUCUCUGUGAGCCAGUUUGCAGCUCUACUGGCCUCUCCAGUAUACAGUAUGCUGUAAUUGCUAAUGGUUUCUCUGAGUGGCCUGACCGGUUAAUUGUCCCGUAUCCCAACUAUUUACCACUAAACAAGUGAUUUUGUAAUAAGUAGGAGAUCUUUGCAAUGUUAUCAGUAU